GGAACAUUACAUGACCAUAUCAAGCUACCUAACGAGCCCAGGAAUCCAACUCUACCCCGGAUUUCAACCUUUGUAGGCGUAAUCUGCGCCGCAACUACACCGGAGCAUCGUCCCAAUGAUUUCUGGUCCCCUUUUCCCAAGCCCUCUAGGCUGGCGCUCUUUGCCGUCUCAAGUCUUCGGAUGUGUAUCCCCCGUUCGUCAAUGAACCGACUCAAUCGACACGACAACCGAUAUCUGAAGACACAGAAAUAUGAUGGUUGUGCUAGCCAAAUUUCAGGGCUUAUGGGUCUAAAACUCGCAAGUUCGAACUCUGCGAUGCAAUGCAAAAUGUGAUCAUACUCGAGUAUGUGGCUUCUGUAAUCCAAUGUUAUAUCGGAGCUUCCAUUUGUUUCGGCGAAGCAUCUCCCAUAACAUUUGUAUCUAAAUUGGUUCCAGUCGAUGGUAUUUGUCGUGAGAUUUUGGACUCUGGAGG